AUGGAGUUUGUACAAAGACAUUAUGAUUACUACCUCUUUACUAAGAAUAUAGGGGCAAAACUGGUGACAGUUCUAGUAUAUGUGGAUGACAUGUUGAUCACAAGCAGCAAUCUACACCUUAUCAGACAUGUUAGAAAGGAGCUACAGGAAAGAUUCAAAAUGAAGAAUUUGGGAGAGCUGAAGUACUUUCUUGGAAUUGAAUUCUCAAGAUCUCAUAAGGGUAGAAAACCAGUGUGUACACCUCUUGAGUUCAAUCAUAAGCUCACUUCUGUUGAGUUUGAUCAGGAGGUAAAUACUAAUGUUUCUGAAAAUAUAAUACUUGAAGAUAAAGGCAGUUAUCAGAGGUUGAUAGGUAGAUUACUGUACUUAACCAUGACAAGGCCAGGUAUAGCCUUUGUAGUACAGAUGCUCAGUCAAUAUAUGCAUGCACCUAAAGCCUCUCACAUGGAUGCUGCAAGAAGAGUAGAAAGGUACAUUAAAUCCACACCAGGACUUGGACUCUUUAUGCCUACUGGUAGCUGCAAAAACCUUGUAGCUUACUGUGAUUCUGAUUGGGGAGCAUAUGUGGAGUCUAAAAGAUAA